AUGAUCCAAACGAUUUUACGACGUUUACCGACCUCAUUCACCAAUUCAUUGGCAGGACCAUCCCGACAAUCCAUUCGACGAUGUUCGUCCUGUCCUCCCGCUAAACCAGCAUUCACACCUUUAUCCAGACCAACGUUACUCUCUCAAAUACCCUCAUUAUCAUCGCUCAACUCAAAUCCAAGGCCAAAUAUCUUGUCGCGAGCACAACCGUUGAUCAUGCAAGUUAGAGGUAUGAAAGUGAGAAGUAGUGUUAAGAGGUUCUGUGAUGGCUGUUCUGUCGUAAGAAGGAAGGGAAGAAUAUACGUUAUUUGCUCAAAGAAUCCAAAGCACAAGCAACGACAAGGAUAA